AUGUUCCGCAACUAUCGGCACAACAACCCAAAUCCCAUCCCCCAAUGGAUAGAAGCUCUCCGACAAGAGUUUAAGAGGAUCGUGGCGUGGCACAAGCCCCGCGACCGAAUGGAGGCCCCUCCACUAGCCAUCAAUGGGCAGACCGUUAUCGAGCCAGAAGCCAAGGCGGAGGCCCUCAGCAUGACCCUUCUAGAAAGGAAUAGUGAAGAAGAAGACCUCGAGACCGGCUGGGUACCCACAGUACCACGUCGUCGCCUACUCUAG